AAGGUAAACAACAUGGCGAUAAUAGUGUUAGAUUUUCUUCUGUUUAUCUUCAUGCUGUUUCAGCUUAAUAUUUCAGAGUCUCUAACGAAAAAAAAGAAAAAUCCAGCUCAUCACCAGUGAGGACAAGCAAAUUUUAAAAAUGUCAACGGAAUAAUGUUUUAAAAGAACAAUCAUCGACUCAGACUGCUGGAUAUCAGCUGGAAGAGUCAAAUAAUCUCCAGAACCUGCAGCUGCAUCAUGUCUGUUACUGCAUGGGAGGUUCUGGCUGACAGCUUUCUCAUAAUCAAAGAUCACAGGACACCGAACACCAGGCUGAUAAAACAGGAGCCAGAACCACAGCAGAUGAUUGACACCACAGAGUUGCCAGAACCGGAGCCGGUUAGAGAGGAGCAGGUUGAAUUGUGGCUCCUUCAGGAUGAAGGACAGCUGCUAGUGAAGCGGGAGACCAGCUCCUCUGUGGGAACACCUGAAUAUCCUGGACCAAAACUGCAGCUGAUGAAAGGUUGGACAGAGGAUCCAGAACUCGUCCAGAUUAAACAGGAACAGGAGGAUCUCUGCAGCAAUCAGGGUGAUGAACAGCUUCUGGUGAAGCAGGAGGCUGAGAGCUUCACGGUGACCCCUAACAAUGAGCUGAAGGACAACUCUCAACUAGAACCAAGCCAGGACCGACUCCUCUCUGAACCAGAAACUCCACAUCGGACAGUCAACGUGGACAGCUCAAAGCUAAAUGCAGUUAAAACAAAUGCACCCUCUUGUGACGUCUGUGGAAAGGUUUUCACUACGUUCAAGUACCUGACCGACCACACUAGAACCCACACCGGGGAAAAACCUUAUCCUUGCGAAUUCUGUGGAAAAUGUUUCACCGACUGCAGCACCAGGGCCAAACAUAUGAAAACCCACACAGGAGAGAAGCCGUAUGGAUGUCAAGUUUGUGGGAAAGCCUUUGGUCACUGCAGUAACCUAGCUAGACAUAUGAGGACGCACACAGGGGAGAAGCCAUACUCCUGCAGAGCAUGCGGUAAAUCUUUCCGUCACUGCAACACCAUGGCGCGUCACAUGAGAACCCACACAGGGGAGAAACCCUACAGCUGCGAAGCGUGUGAAAAAUCUUUUAUACAACCCAGCGACUUGGCCCGUCACCUCAGAUCUCACACAGGUGAGAAGGCGUUCUCAUGUUUGACCUGUGGCAAAGGUUUCACCAGGCAGUCCUCUUUGGGUGUACACAUGAGAACCCACACAGGCGAGAAGCCCUACCCCUGUAAAACCUGUGGGAAGUCUUUCAGGUACAGCAGCCAUUUGAGUCGUCAUGAGAACGCUCACAGGUGAGACGAUUUUCUGGUGUCUGAUUGGUGGCGCGGGUUUGGAUGGAGCCACAUGAUUCUUUAUGAUGGGAUUUCAGAUGAGAGUCUGUGAUCUUGUGUUUUUGUGAUCUUGUUUUUUUUUUUAUGGAAAGCAAUUUGAGACAGAAAUCACAAGCUUAUCUUCUUUUUCUCAGUAGAAGCUAAACCAGACCUAAUGUGUAAUA